AUGGAAGCGAAUAAUGAAGAAGAAGAAUUACAGCAGAGUCUGCUUCUGAAAAACCUGCAGAAGCAGCUGGAGGAAUUUCAGAUGCUAUCGGCGAUAUUCUGCACUCCUGGCGAACUAGAAGUAGACGAUUAUGGCUGCAUAGAGAAUCUAACUAGUUUCACUAACGGUGAAAAGGUGAAUCUAUCCACAAAGCUGGACUACCGAUUGAACCUUCCCCUGUUGGCGGGUGAGAAGGUGCAAAUACUGGUGGAGCUGCCUCAUCUCUAUCCGUCGCUGGAAAUACCUCGCAUCGUGAUCCGUUCGGCUAUCAUUCAGCGCGACCAAGAACGUAUGCUAACGGAACGGAUUGAACGGUACAUAAGCGAAGAGGUCAUCGAACGGGACGAACCGUACGUUUACCAAGUGAUCUGUUGGAUACAGGAAAGUUUAGAAGAACUUCUACGAUCAACCACGGAGAAAAGGGAUAAUGAACCAAACGGCUCUUCUAGGAGCAAAUCUUCCAUCGAAAAAGAAGCUAUCGUUUUCGAACGUCUGUGGAUUUACUCGCACCAUUUAAAGAGUAAAACCAAACGGCAAAAGAUCAUCAAAACAGCUCGCGAUCUUGAUCUGACAGGAUUUUCUAGGCCAGGCAAACCGGCCAUUAUUUGCGUAGAGGGAAACCAGCACGACACGCAAGAGUUCUGGAGAAUCAUCAAAGCGCUUAAAUGGCAGAAAAUUCAAAUAAAACUGAACGAAACUUCUGGGGCCGAUACGACAAACGAUUUCAGUGCCUUGCGUCACUUCAGUGCAGGAUUCCACGAGGAACUUUUCUGCGAAACUGACGACGAUGAAGACUUGCCCAUGAGCAUGAGUUUGUUCAUGAAGUUUCUUGAAAAGAACAACUGUAGUUACAUCAAAAAAAUUAUAUUCGGGUUUCAAGAUUCAAAUGAUCUCGCUGCGAGCUAGCAACACAGAACAAAUGUAGAAAGUUGUCAGUAUUUGCAUCGGUCAAUGCUCAAUUUGUUUAAUAAAAAUGUUAUCACGGUCAUUGG